GUCAGUCUGAAGUCACACAUUAAGAUGAACUGAGAGCAAACAAGAUGGACAAAGUUCUGCUGCUCACCAUGGCUGCAUCAGGGCUGAGUGCUGUCUCAUCACAAGCUGGACGGCAGUACUAUUUUUUUUAUGAGCCGAAGAACAUGACUGAAGCAAAAACUUACUGCAGAGAGAAAUACACAGACCUGGCCACUGUAGACAGCAUGGAGGAUGUAAAGACCCUGAACAAAAUGGCAAAUUCAAGCAAAAUGUUCUACCCAGGAUACCCAACAUACUACAACUAUCGAGCAUGGAUAGGACUGUACGAUGACGUGAACAGCUGGCGGUGGUCACUGACGAACACAAGUUUCUACAAACCCGGGGAGACGGAGUUCAGACGAUGGCAGACUGGGGAACCGAAUAAUGAGUUCAGUAAAGAACACUGCACACAGAUGGGUGUUGAUGGGAAAUGGAACGACAUCAGUUGUGACAGCUCCAUGAAGGCAGUCUGUGUACAGGUCAGAGGGCCAGAUGUGACUUUUAUCCUCACUAACAUCUCCAUGUCGUGGCCUGCGGCCCAGAACUACUGCAGAAAACAGUACACAGACCUGGCCAGUGUGAGAAACAGCACAGAGAACCAGAAGGUGCAGGACCUGAUACCUACUGGAGGAGCAGUCUGGAUCGGCCUUUUCAGAGACUCCUGGAAGUGGUCGGAUGGAAGUACUUCCUCAUUCAAGUACUGGAACACUGGGGAACCCAACAACAAAGCUGGGAACGAGGCUUGUGUGGCUGCAGCUUUCAAUCAAUCUGGACAAUGGGAAGACUGGAACUGUGGCGUCAAGAGAGCAUUCAUUUGCUUCGGUCCAGUGCCUGCUUCAAAGCAUGUGAUAAGACUGAGUUUGGAGAAGAAGAACUCCCUGGAUCUGAACAGCCCUGCUGUGAUGGAGGCCAUGUUGAAGCAGCUCCAACAGAAGCUGAAGGCCCGGGGGCUGGACGGCAACAUCAAACUGAGCUGGAGGAAGCAGGCCGAUGGAAAAGUCUUCCACAGGAAGAAGAAGAAGGAUGAGCUGUAGUGAUCGCUGCUUCUGUUUUCAUCAGAGAAAAGUGUGUUUCUUUCCUUAGAGUGCUAACGGACCAGAAUAGAGAUGUGACAAUCAGCUGAUUAAUCCAUUAAGUCGCAACUAUUGUAAUAAUCACUUCAUCCUUUUAGUCGUUGGCGAUUAUGCUAAAUAUUCACCGCUUCAAGCUUCUCAAUAGUGAAGUUUAGAUUCUUGUCUUCAUGUAUGAUCAUAAACUUCAGCGUUUCCCACAAAAUUAGAUUCUAUUUUGCAGUGGUAGCUGACCCAGAUGUGGGGGGUCCACGCGUGGAAAGAGGUGCAGAAUUCUUAUAUUAAUUGUACUGCAAAUAUUUUUGGCAACUUUGUGUAACAGCUUAUAUAGACAAUCUGCCCACAGUCCUAUCCUCAAGGCUAUAAGGGUGCAGGGGCAGUUACAGCACGCAAUGUAAUCUUUCUUCAGACAAUAAAAACAUAUGCUCUUUGACCAAACAAACGAUACCACAAGUUGUAAUUCUGUUUAACAGCCAGAUGCUGUUCUACUAUUUGUGACCUUCUGCA